AUGUAUCAGCAUGUCAAUCGCGCCACCUCCGACCAGCCUCCGCCUGAGAUCGAAGAGCACCGGCAUGCUGUCAGUCAACAGGACACAGACUACGAUGAACCCGCCCAGCAAUAUAAUAGGCCAUAUAAUGUCGCAAAGAACAGGGCCCCCGUGAGGCCCAACACAAAUCCUAGGCGAUUGAGCUUCUUACUCAUCCUCAGCAUAUUCGUCUCGUUGCUUUCCAUCGCAUGUGCUGUUUCCUUCGUCUCUUGGCUGUGGUGGACGUCCCAUAAAGACGAUCGCUGGCGUGCAUGGGUGCUUAUCCCGAACCGACUCCAGAUCGGUAUCACAGUCGCAUCCGUUAUCAUACGUACCGCGGUCGGGACCCUUGCUGCUAUAGCUACAGCUAUGAUCGCCUCCGUUGCUGUUGAGCGGCGCGGCGUAGACCUCCACGCUGUGGCCCAAGUUUCUAUUGCACGAUUUUCUAGCAGCGGGCCACUCACCCUAGGUCUCCUUGCGUUGAGGAGCUCGACACUAGCUGUGGUUGUCCGAGUUAUAGUUGUGCUUCUCAUCCUUUCAACUUUUGCUGUGCAGUUUACCUCGACACUACUGCUGUCUGAUCUUGAACAGAGCCAGAUUGCCUCAUUCACACAGCCGAUGGACAAUGCGUACACAUUCGCAGGUAAGCUUGGUAGCACUACUUUUCCCCGAGAAGAUGUCUUCUUAGGCUACGACAAUGGCUUAUGGGGCCAACGGCCCCAAAUCGCUGAAACUUUCGCGGAGUACUCAGCGGACUCGCUGGCGAGUGAAGGGCUCGAUGACACAGGUCCAACUGUUCGAGCAUUCCUCCCAAUUGCGUCGCAGGAGACAAGGCAGUCAAUCGUCGAGUAUCAAGGCAUGGCGUGGGCCACUGACUCACGUGUGGUGUGCAUGAGGCCGGAACUCAAGAACGUCAGAUUUUGCGCUCCUGAAGAGACAACCGGGACCCAUAUCUGCGGCUCCGUGCGGCUUGACGGCUCCGUGGCCGAAGCCGCAGGCCUGGAAUGGCCGGAGAGAAGCGACUUCGCUAACUUCUCAUGUCCCACACUCACAUCCAGUCAAUGGCCUCAUUAUACCUGGCAGAUAUGCCGGAGUACUUUCGAAGAAUUUGACAGCUUUGCCAACAUGGGUAUCCAGUGGUCCCUCUACAAUAUCACUAAAAAGACCACCAUGGAGCUUAUCUGGAACCGAGGAAUGAUGGGAGUAGGGGGGCUUGUAUCCAGUACUGCAAUAAACGGAACCGUUUCAAGACCUGUUUCCACGAAAAACGGCCCAUGGACGGAACAAUCCUUCUAUCUCAAGUAUCAAAGUGAAUAUGAAGAGGAACAGGAGGAAAAGGAGGAAAAGUUCAGUUUCAACAUGACAAUGUGUGCUCGAUUUUCAGGCCUAGCGGACUCGAUCACACAGCUUAACAUAUCCGCUACCAGUUCGAGUAACCGAACCGAGCCAAAUUACAUUUCGAAGGUAGAGGACGGAGCAUUUGACACCCGGGCGGUACGCAGGCAGCUCGGCGCCUUUAAAGAUGCCUCAUAUAUACCGCCUGAAGAACGUCAGAUCCUGUCCAUUAGCCGUCAAAGCCUGGAAUCGAGCGUGGCGGAGGCGCGCGACGGUGCGGCGUGGCAGAAGUAUACCUGGGGCGGCCUCAUGUCCACGAUGUUCAACGAAUCGAGACAACCACGCCGCAUCGCCCUCUGCCCGCACUGUUCAUCGGUAGGGAAAAAAAGUACGGAUACUGACGUUAUCUAUCCGCGGCUGUUUUUGGCUACCAUGAACGAGACAGGCUCGCCAGCCCGUGCACUACAAGCGAUAUAUUUCACGUAUGCGCGUGUCCAAUACUACAACUUGAUUGCUGCAUUCAAGCCCAAUACCGCCGUUCCAGGAGCUACCACAGCGCAAAUUGUCACAUUCAAGUCAACGCCAGUCCCAAAGCACUUCAGGGGCUACUGGGGCGCCAUGGGCAUCCUGGCUAUCUUCCUCGCAACCUUUACCGCUGCCGCUGCGCUCUUCCGGUCGACACGCUUUAGUUUGCCCGGCAACAUUUGGCACGCGGUCGCUCAGGUUUCUGAAAGCGCUGAACUCUCCGGUGUGCUCCGCGAGGCGAGGUUAAUAAAUGACGAUGAAGUUGAGCGGCUCAUCAAGGAGGCCUCAACAUUACCUUCGAACAGCCCCCACAGCGCAGAUAGCUAUGUCAAGGACAUCCUGCGAAAGUUUCGGAAAAGAAUUUCUGCCCUUGCGUCCUUAUUCACUUCGCAGCCACUGAGGACGACGUCCCGCUUUGUAGUUCGGGAGGGUGUCUUUGUUCGCGCGUCGGGGGUGGAAGCUAGCAUGGAAAUGGAGGCGAGCGAGUCCCGGCAACGCUUGGUCAGGAAGAACUCGGGUCGUGAAAGCCUUAAUCGAGGGCACGUUGAUUAG